UCUCAUCACUAGUUGGCGCCUCCUUUCACUGGAUUGGAGUGUUUACGAUACAAUUUUGGGGAUUUUACAUUUUCCCAUAAUUGUUACUUAAAAUUGGUAUCAUAUUGAUCAGCUGCAACUAUGAUAAUUUUGUUCUAAAUACUUCAAUAGCGAAAACUCAUAAAAUGGGUCUUGAUUUUGACGUGUUCGAGUUUUGCAAAAAACUACGACAGAAUCGGCCGCCGCCGUAUCAGUGCCCGCUUGAGAAAUGUGACAAGGUUUACAAGAGUUUGUGUGGCCUACAAUACCACUUAGUUAACUACGACCAUGACAAUCCGACACCGGCUACGCCUACAGUGGCAAACAACCGAAAAAAAGGUAGAAUUCGGGCGGCAGUGCCUACAGGCGAUAUAGCGCUGCAAAGUCCCCCAAAAGAGGCUUUAACCUUCGCUGAGGCUCAAAAAGUAGUUCAAUUUGAAAUUGACGGCAAGAUAAGUAGAAUACCUAUUGAUCAGCCUUUACCUAUUAUGUCGUUGGAGGAGUGGGAGAAAAAGAAUGCCGAGUUGGAAAAACCGCUGCCAGUUGUAGAACCGCCCGUGGAACCUCACGUUAAGUUGCCUGAAGCUAGUUUUAAGUUAAUACCGGACUAUAACGAACGUGUGUGCGACGCGCCGCCGCGGCCGAACGCGUACAUACGCUUUAUAGAGAAAUCCGCUGAGGAGUUGGACGGAGAGGUGGAAUACGAUGUGGAUGAGGAAGACACGGCUUGGCUCGCGAUCAUAAACAAGAACAGGGCUAAGCAAGGCCUGCCAGCUGUCUCUGUGGAUACCCUGGAACUUCUCAUGGAUCGGUUGGAGAAGGAGUCUUACUUUCAGGCGACACAGAGUGGCCAGCAGACUGCGGCCACCGUCGACGAAGAUGCUGUCUGCUGCAUCUGCAUGGAUGGCGAAUGUCAGAACACCAAUGUCAUACUGUUCUGUGACAUGUGCAAUCUCGCCGUUCAUCAAGAUUGCUAUGGGGUUCCGUACAUACCGGAGGGGCAGUGGCUUUGCAGACGAUGUCUGCAGUCACCAUCGCGACUUGUUAACUGCAUGCUAUGUCCCAAUACAGGCGGUGCAUUCAAACAAACGGACCAAGGCUCCUGGGCUCACGUGGUGUGCGCGCUGUGGAUACCUGAAGUGAGGUUCGCGAACACUGUCUUCUUGGAACCUAUUGACUCGAUCGAGAUGAUCCCGGCGGCGCGUUGGAAGCUGCAGUGCAUGGUGUGCAAGCAGCGCGGCGCCGGCGCCUGCAUCCAGUGCCACAAGAGCAACUGCUACUCCGCCUUCCACGUCACCUGCGCGCAACAGGCAGGUUUAUACAUGAAGAUGGAGGCGGCCGGCGCGGGCCGCGACCCGAGCCAGCCGGUGCAGGUCGCCAAGAUGGCGUACUGCGACGCGCACACUCCUGCGCAUGUUUUACAGGAAAGACGUGCACAAGACUCCGAGACUGACUCCAAGUCUAAUGAUCUGUCGGCCAUCAGACAAAAAGGCAGAGACAAAAUAAAACAGGCGCAUGGCCGGCAGGCGCGGCGCGUGCUGGCCAUGAAGCGGUCGUGGGCGCCGGUGGUGCUGGUGCCGACGCUGCCGGCGGAGCGCGUGGCGGACGUGGCGCGGCUGGCGCAGGGCCCGCCCGCCGCGCGCGCCGCGCUCGUCAAGCGCCUGCUCGCCUACUGGACGCUCAAGCGACACAGCCGCAAUGGCGUGCCGCUGCUGCGCCGCCUGCAGAGCCUCACCACGCAGCACGGCAGCAGAGGCAUUCAAGAUGCGACGGUCAACGUGAGGGAGUUAUGCAAUCAGCUCAAGUACUGGCAGAGGAUCAGGCAGGACCUGGAGCGGGCAAGACUGCUGUGCGAGCUGGUGCGCAAGCGCGAGCGGCUGAAGGCGGAGUACACGCGCGUGUGGGAGCGCUGCGUGCUGCACGGGCUGCGGCCCGAGCGCGCGGCGCUGCACAAGCUGCUGCGCCUGCUGCGCGCGCGCGACCACAGCGACAUCUUCUGCGAGCCCGUCGACCUGCACGAGGUACCCGACUACAGCACGAUAGUGAAGCAGCCAAUGGAUCUGAGCACGAUGGGCAAGAAGCUUGACAGAGGUCUGUACAAGACCAUAGACGACGUCGAAGCGGACUUCAAACUGAUGAUAGAAAACUGUUUAACAUAUAAUAAUAAGGACACUGUGUUUUAUAAAGCGGGUGUAAAGAUGCGCGAACAGUGUCUGCCGAUAUUCCGCGAGGCGCGGCGCGACGUGCGCGGGGCCGGACUCGCCAGCCUGGCCGGGCUCGGCGAGGCGGGCGACGAGCCGCCCGCGACACCGGCCGCGCCCGUCACCACGCGCCGCGCUGUGCCCGAGAAGGAGAAGACUCCUGAGAGUCGCAGCGAGCGCGCGGCGUCGGUGGCGCGCAGCGAGCGGCGACACCGCACGCCGCUACCCGACACCGACGACGAACACACCACUCGCGAGCCGUCCCCCGCGGCGUCAGCGAGCGCGUCGGGCCGCAGCGGGGGCGCGCGCGGGUGGUGGCGCGGGCGGGCGGGGGCCCGCGCCGCGCCCGCCACACGCGCCGCCAGGCACGAGACACCGACUUCGGACUCGGAGACGCCGGCGCCGAUCAUUAAAACAACAGAACGGACCCUCAAACUGGCCACACCGGAGAAAUCGCCGAGCAAACACACAGAAAGCCCGCCACUGACUAGUUUGGGUCUUAUGGGAGGUCUAAGGAAACCAACGUUGUUAGUAACGCCGUCGACUGUCACGGCACCGACUAAGAGUUUCGGAUCGGAUGCGUCCCUGCCGACGCUAUCGGCAAGCCUCGGCCGACCCGCUAUGGAAACGUCACCCAAGAAGAAGGGACGCGGUAGGCCGCGCAAACAAGAAAAAGAUGUAACCACCUCGUCGCCUGACUUGUUCAGGUCUCUGCCCGGAUCAGACGGUAAGGCAAUGUCGACGUCGGUCCCGGCGUCGUUCCUGCAGUACCGCGGGCCCGCCGGUGAAGUAGGGUCUGACAGUGACUUCGCGUUGUCACGAUCAUCGAGCAGUAGUUCCGCGUGGUCUCACUCGUGUUCGUCGUGCACUCACUACGAUGACGCGAACGUGUCCGAUCACUCUUGUUCACUCAGCACUAGCGAUGGGUCGAGCUACAACGAGACGCUGGACUCGACCCUGGAAGGCGGCAGCGGGCCCGAGCCGCGCCGCCGCACGCGCCGCGCGCCGCACACCGACGCCUCCGACAACGAACCCACCACGCCUGUCAAGGGACGCGGCACUCGAUCGUCAACGUCAAAAACACCGGUGAAAAAUCCAAUGUCGGAUUUACAACUGGAGCCACUGCAGCUUGUCUGGGCUAAAUGCAGAGGCUACCCAUGGUACCCGGCACUAAUCAUCGACCCGAAAAUGCCAAAAGGGUUCAUAUACAACGGGGUACCACUCCCGGUACCUCCGCAAGACGUGCUCAAUCUAAAGAAAAAUCAUUCGCACGAACCGGUGCUCUAUUUGGUACUAUUCUUUGACGUGAAAAGGACGUGGCAGUGGUUACCUCCGAAUAAACUUGAGCCUUUGGGCAUUGAUAAGAGUGUGGAUCAAGCUAAAUUGGUCGAGUCGAGAAAGCCAACGGACAGGAAGGCUGUAAAGAAGGCUUACGGAGACGCUAUGCAGUUCAGGAAACAAGUGGACGGAGAAGAUAAAUGACAAAGGUUUACCUACAGGUCGCGCCGGCCGCCUCGAAAAAGAACGUUCAGCUUCGGAAACUUGUCGUUAAUGCAAAUAAGGAUGCCGAACGACUCCACAGAUUCCAGUGACUAAAUACCAUUAUAAUUAAGGGCCUUAAUAAACACUAUGUGUUGGUCAUAGUUAAACAGUGUUUUGUUUCGCUUCUUCAGACGCUAAAUGUAAUUCAACACGACGAAGGAAUUAAAUUGACAAGAAAACUUGUAAGGUUGCAGAAUUUGCGGCAAGUGGCAUAUCUAUAGAACUGUUGAAAUAUUGCCGCCAGUGUUUAUGUAAUUAAAAGUUUUGGCGCAAUACAUUGCCGCUAGAACUUGCUAGUUUAAGGCCAAUUUCACCAGUUUUAAGUAAAGUUUAUUUGACAGUUGUAAUAAAUGUCUAAUGUAGAUAGUAUUCAUUUUACAAUCAUUUAUUUGGGAGCAUAGAUUAAAGUGUGACUUUUGUAUUUGGCCGGGUUAUACAUUUAUGUGACCAACAGCAUUUACUCACAAGUUGUGAGUAAAGUCCUAAACUCAGCAUUAGACAAAACACUAAUAGCGAUUACAAAUGUUUACAGUAUUUAUAAGCAAGGCGGUAAGUUUAUAUUAUUUGUAACAUCAGAGUAUGUUCUCUGCAACUAUAAGUUGUGAAAAAAAUAAUGAUUGAAAAUAUAAUUUCCAUUAAAUUAUGUCAACUAAUAAAAAUUUUACGUUUCAUGUAACUUUGGUACAGUAUCGUUUUUAAAGGAGAUAAGUGUUUGAUAAUAAAUGCAUAUGACAAAGUUAUCAAAUCGUCAAUAAAUAGUAGUAUGUAUGGAUCUAAAGCAUACUAUAGGAGACAUUCAAUGGUGUAAUAAAAUAAGGAUGUUUGUUAACAUUAAGUCAAAUGACACAAUAAAACAGUGAAGAAUAAAAAUAAUGUCAACUGCGUAUUAAACAAUUUCAACUAUUGUAUGAAAAUGUAGUAUAUACUAUAUAUUUAUAGAAAUUCUGUCGGUCUUACUUAUAACCUUGUUUUAGCGUUAAGAGGUAGUUAAGAAUUGCCUAAAUAGCUGUCAAAAACGCCACCGGUUUCCUAGUUUAAACCUUAGUAGUAAGACGGCGGGUUUUGACUUACAGCUGAUUGAGUAAAUUUACGUUCUAACUAAGCAUAGCCUUGCGAAAUGUUUUAUAAGUAAGACUGUAUAAAUCUCAAUACUUUAAAACAAAAUAUUAAUCGAGGUUGUAUUGGUAAAACGUAUUGUACGCAUAAUUUUAUUGUAAUUAACAAUAUUAUGCAGGUAAGACCUGUAUAAACAGUACUUAGACAUUAAUUAAUAUUAAUAUUGGCAAACAGAUGUAUCUGAAAAUAGAUGACAUGUAUUAAAAUAAACUUCGUAAUCUAAACGUAUAAUAUUCGUAUUGAAAUCAAUUAGAUCAUAAUGUAUAAACUAUAAAGUUUAAACUUGAAUAAAAUUGAGUCUAUAUGAUAUGGUAUACAUAGAUGUUUAUUUAUUUAUUCUGUAUGAAUAACUAUUUCUCAAUGUGGGCAUACGUAUGUCUUGUGUGGCGAAUUUUAACUUUGCUGAUAUUGCUUUAAAAUUAAAGUAUGUUAUAUAUUUAAUAAUUAAACAGAGGUUUUUGAGAAUCAAAUUUCGAAUGAGAAUAUUGGUAUUACAUAUUACUAAGCUGAAAUGGUUAAGAGGUAAGCAGAGAAACACAAAACAAUUUCAGUAGAUACUUCACUACCAUAGCCUUUAGUUGGGUUGAUCUGCAAUUGCGAAAGGGAAAAGUCGCAUCGAAACACCGUUUGGUCCCGGUCAUUGGAUAUCAAGACUGCUUACACUUGAGAGUUCGUUUAAAGAAAGUGGUUAUACACUCGAUAUUAAUUUUGAAUUUGGAAUAGUCUAACAUAGUCUAAAAAGAUAUAAGCAGGCUAGUAUCUGAUCUGAGUAUUUUUUUUUCUUAGUUUUAAUAUUAAGUCCACGGUUCUUUACGACGCGCAUAAGACAUAUUUUUGUAUUACCCAGCGUCUAUUAACUGCGUCCAGUUGAAUAGUAUCAAACUGAAUUCAUUAAUUUUCACAGAUUCACAGUAAAUGUGUAUAGCAACACAUUUACUGUGAAUCUGCGUAAAUUUAAACGCGAGGAGGUGCGCUGACCCAGAUCACCGCUCAUAUAAAAUUACCGUAAUUCUAGUUACAAAUCUACGGCGGGCAUUUUACUACACAUGACUUCUUGCAGUGGUAAAAUGGUAAAAUUUAAGCACAUAUACUACUCACAUAUAUUUUUAUGAUGGUAUUUUAAUAUGUAUCAGCAAAGUUAUAGUUCUCCAUAUUUGCAGCUUAUUUAUGUUACUUUAAAGUAUAAUCUUUUUAUAAGUGACUGUUGGUCUAUAAGAGAAAUCAAUUGUCAAAUGAAGAUUUAUGUUAGAGCUGAUCCCAUCGUAUUUAUUUAAGUGUGAAAAUUUAUUUUACUUUUUGUUUUUGCUGGUAGUGCUUGUUAUUGUGAAAAAAUAUAAUCUGAGGAUUAAA